CCGUCCCCGCCCCCUCUACCACCCAUCUCCAGCCACUUUCCAUUUUUACGCCGACUCGCUGUCUGUCUUUUAAUUGUUUUGAUUUUGAUCUAUCGUUAUCCUUCAUAUUUACUGGAACAGUUAGCUAUUUUGUUAGUCAUCGUCUAUGGAGGGACUUUCUGAGGACCAAGAUUCAUCAGCUAACAGCACUACAAGUAGCAACAAGAUCUUUUACUUGGAAAGUCAAAGCAAUUCGCCCGUUCGUCCCAACUGGAAUGGUAAUGAAAUAGACAGCCUGAUAAUCUCUCCAAUGGACCAUACGACGUCACGAUAUCCCUUCUGCAUUGUCUGGACUCCGCUUCCUUUCAUAACAUGGUUCCUUCCCUUCAUAGGACAUAUGGGAAUUGCAAUGUCCUCAGGUGUCAUUAGGGACUUCGCAGGCCCCUAUCAUGUAUCAGAGGAUGAUAUGGCUUUCGGAAAACCCACAAAGUAUUGGCAGCUGAAAGUAAAUAAAGCAAGAGGAGGACAGAAUGGCUGGGAUCGAGCUGUUACAGAUGCCUCUGAAGCCUACAAGAAGAGAAUGCAUAAUUUGUUUUGUGACAACUGUCAUUCUCACGUAGCAAUGGCGCUCAAUUUAAUGCACUAUGAUGACAGUACUAGCUGGAACAUGGUUCGACUGGCAUUCUUCAUGUUAUGGAAUGGAAAAUAUGUUGGUCUAGGUGGAUGGCUGAAAACUUGGCUUCCCUUUAUUUUAAUAGUAACCCUGAGCUAUUCUGCAUAUUAUUUUUUGUCUAAGUAAGUAGGCAGGCAACCAAACUUCAACCUAAACCUUUCGAUGGAUCAUGUUAUGGUUAUAUUAGUUAAUUUUUAUUGUCUGCACAAAUUGUACUUAAACUUUUCACAUGUAUUUUAAUUUUGUGACAAACACCUGUUUCUAGUCACUGAAUUUCUUAUACUUAGUAAUUAAUUUGAAGGCUUUAGGCAUUUUGCAAAAUCAAGUGAGGAUUCUAGGUUUGUGAAACUUAAUCCAUGAAUUUUAAUAUUAAGGCACGAAGCAAACUAUCCAUGUGACAGUGUGAAACAAGAGUUAUCUGAUUUCAUAGUUUUAUCCUAUUCUUUAGAGUCAAGGAAAGUGUAUGGAAAUAUCAAUCACUGUUGCCAGGGUAUAGUUUUUAUUAAUGAAUAGUUCUAAGAUGGUUCCUUAAGCUACAUUUAUUAGAUAAUCAAAACUGAUGUACAGUGUUACACCAAUAUUCCAUUAAUUUAUUUACAAAAAUGGAAUUUUAGUAUACAGAGACUGCUUUGUGUGAUAAUAGUGAUAGCAUUUCAUCAACUCUUGUAAUUUGCUUUUUUACAAUCUGGUGUUGUACAUACCUACUUAUGGACUUUUCUCAUAAUUGUGAGCCAGUCUUUCCAUGUGUCUAUUCACUGAAUUUUGAAGUAAAAUGGUCUACUCAAGCUUU